CGUAUGUAAACAGUGACGGCAGCGUUUUGCAGUGGUGGAGAAGACCGUGUACGUCAUUUUCACAAUGGCGGAGGCUGGGUGAGGAGGAGAGUGUGUGUGUACAGCGGCGCCGUAAUCGUCAGAGCUACAUUGUCUUUAAUACGUGCACGGUGCCCGAAAAUGGCCCUGAACCCCAGCGCGGUGGGAAAAAGGGACUCAGACUAUACCGAGACGACGGAUCUCCACCCGAAAGGUGGCGAACCCCAGAAGAAUUCAGCCGCCACCUCGGCCACAGCCAACCAAAAUGGCGAUCAGCCUGGAUGUGGAGACAGUGUAAUGCCCGAACAAGAAGCCCCUGAGCGGCGGAGGAGCAUGCAGGCGGACGCUCGGAGCUUCAGCAGUUCUCCUCUGCCUGCCCAGAGAUCGACCGAUGAGCUGCCACGGAGAAAUUUCCAAAUCCCGAGGAAGAUUCGCGAACGGAAAGGCUUGUACCAGUUUCUCCCCCCCGAGAGCCGGGAGUUUGAGGACCUCGUGAAGAUCAUCUCCUCGUUUUACCUGGACGCAUCAUCGCGAGGAACCUUCACCUACUGCAAGGCCAGGCUAAUUCACAAUGAGCUGCUGGAGAAGGAGUUCAUAGAAAAGCGGAGAGAGAUGAAGCAAGAGGGGCGGACCGAACAAGAACUCGCUGAGUCGUACUGCUUCCUUUUCCCAGACAAAUCCAAGCUCCAGUGGAUCUGUGAGAAGGGUUUAUCAGUUGGACACUGUAAGAUUAAUACACUAGGAAAUCCAUCAGUGGGUGUUUACCUCUCCAAAUAUUCCGAUUUGUUACAAAUCAAUCCUUUUGAAGUGGGCGCGUUUGGAGACAUGAUCAUUUUUAAAGUUAUGAGGGGACGAAUAAAGCACAUCCACGAGAACACGCCGAAGAAUGCAAUCGAAUCUUCACCCAAGUUUGACUGUCACUUGUCCAAAAGUGCCAACAGGGUUACAUCUCUGCUGUCUUACAGGGCUUUUGAGCUCACGCAGCAAUAUUUUUUUGAGUUUGCAUUUGAUGAGAUCAAAGCGCGGCCCAGGCACGUGUGCCCCUACGCUGUGGUUUCCUUUCAGUACAAAGGCAAGGAAGCUGCAGCAACUCCUAUGGCUGCACACAGGUUUAACACUAUUUCCUCUGAAGGGAGUAAAGGUAAUGGUAUUUAAGCUUUUCUUAAAUGUAAUCAAAGAAAUUGGCUUCUUUUGUGUUGUGUUAAAAUAGUGCCACGUGUGUGUAAACGUAAUAAUAUAUGAAGUGGGUCUGUGCAAUAAGAGAAAAAUCUAUGAUGUGCUAUUACAUGACUUAGGCUAAAUAAACAAAUACUGAAGUGGGGCUAUAAGAUACAUGGUUCAUGUGUCUUGCUGCUAGCUUUUAAGACACCAAAUGUGUCUU